AGAGAGAGAGAGAGAGAGAGAGAGAGUCGCGGGAGGGAAAGUGACUCGCGCUUCAGACUGUCAGACUCGCAGGUGAUGCUGGUGGUGAUGGAGCUCGCGCGGAUCCUCGGAGUCACGGCGCUUCUGCUUUGGGUCUCGGCGCCGGUGUGUGUGUGUGAGGAGCGGACCGUGCGGUUUCAGAUCCGCGAGGAGCUUCUGCCGCCGACCCUCAUCGGGACUCUCUCCGGCAACGCGAGCCGGAGCCCCGGGGUCCGCUUCAAGCUGAUGAGCCCGUCCACUGGCUCCUUCCUCCGGUUCCGGGAGAGCGACGGGCGGCUGACGCUCGAGGAGCGCAUCGAUCGCGAGCGCGUCUGCAAGCGCAACCCGCGCUGCGUCAUCGCGUUUGAUGUCGCGUUCGUGUCCGCCGCGCAGUUCGAGCUGUUUCACGUUGAGGUGGAAGUGCUGGACGUGAACGACAACUCUCCAGUGUUCCCGCGCGCGGAGUGCACGGUGGAGAUCUCCGAGAGCGCGCCGCUGGGAACGCGCGUCGCGUUGGACGCCGCCGAGGACGCGGAUGUGGGAUCGAACUCAAUCCAACGCUACGACCUGAGUGAAAACACGCACUUCAGCGUUGAAGUCAUAACGCGCGUUGAUGGAGUUAAAUAUGCGGAGCUUGUGCUCGUCAAACCGCUGGAUCGAGAAUCCCGCGCUUUUUACGCGCUUAAACUCGUCGCGGCAGACGGCGGGAAUCCUCAGAGAACUGGCGCGACUAACGUAACCGUCAAAGUGAAGGAUUCAAACGACAACAGCCCGCGGUUUGAGCUCAGCCGUUACACCGUGGAUGUACCAGAGGACAGCGUUCCCGAAUCCCUACUUCUAAAUCUCAACGCGGAAGACCCGGAUGAGGGUCUAAACGGACAAGUUGUGUAUGAAUUUGGCAAACAAGUCCCAACAAAGAUCAGAAAGCUGUUUAAAUUGGAUUAUAACACUGGAUAUUUAACUUUACAAAGCCCUGUGGACUACGAAGAUGAAACGGUGUAUGAAAUCGACGUGCAAGCAAGUGAUUUAGGGAACAAUCCGGUUCCGUCAGUGUGUAAAAUCAUCAUUAACAUCCGAGAUGUGAACGAUAACCCUCCGGAUAUCAUCCUCACGUCCAUCGCGACGGUUACCGACGGGGUCGCGUGCAUCAGUGAAGCCACAGGUACAGAUAUUCUAGUGGCUCUGAUUAGCAUUAAAGACCGGGACAGCGGCGUGAACGCGCAGGUCAGCUGCUCUCUGAACGGUGGACACGGGAACUUUCGGCUCAAACGCGCGUAUGAGGGAAGCUACACGAUCGUCACGAUGGCACCUUUGGAUCGGGAACAGAUUGCGGAGUAUAAUCUAACCGUAGUGGCGGAGGACUUUGGCGUUCCGCCGCUACGCACCGUUACUCAUUACAUUAUACGGCUUACGGAUGUCAACGAUAAUGCGCCGGUAUUCAGUGCUAAGAUAUACGAAGGUUUCAUUGAGGAGAAUCAACUUCCAGGAACGUACAUCACAACGAUUCUGGCCAGCGAUCAGGAUUCCGGGUUGAACGGGGAAAUAACCUACGAGCUUCUCGACGCGGACACGAAUACCGUUUCCCGGUUCGCCAUCAUGAAUCAAGCGGGAAACGUGUAUGCGCUGCAAAGCUUCAAUCACGAGGUGACGCAGAGGCUGGAUCUGCGUGUGCACGCGAGCGACAGAGGAUGGCCGCAGCUACACAACAACGCCGUUCUCGUAAUCAAUAUAGUUGAUCAGAACGACAACGCGCCGGUUAUAACGCAGCCACCGCUUCUCAAUAACGGAUCCGCGGAGAUUGCGCUGCCCAGAGACGCGCCGGUCGGGUACAUCGUGACCCGAAUCACCGCUAAAGACCCAGACGCCGGUCUGAACGCAGAACUCACUUAUAAACUUUACGACGGAGGGGAUGUCGGUUUCGCGAUUGAUCCGAAUACUGGAGAAAUAUAUAUAAGUCGCAAAAUCUCUUACGAUGAGUUCGACAUGUGGAGAGUCGUAGUGACGGUUAACGAUAACGGUCACCCGGCGCAGACCUCGACGGCCACCGUUCACUUCACCCUAACCGAGUCCACGCCCGCCAACGGGAACUUCUACGAGGAGCGGGAGGAUGGUGGACCGGAUCAGUGGACGCUGGUUCUGAUCUCGGGCCUCACGAGCUCCUCGCUGCUGUUUCUGGCGGUUUUGUCAUAUCUACUGUGUAAAAGUCGCAAAAACGUUCAGAAGCGAUGCGCUGAUCUCCCACACUCGGUGGAUGUUCCAUACGCGACUGACACCAACACCGUCUCUAUCAUCUCCAACCGGACCCCGAGUGUGUUCGACACACACACUCACACACACGUGCUUCACUCCGGCUCUCCGGAGAAACUCCACAACAGUGUUCAGGUGACCGGGGAAGUGUUCACCGACACCACACACACCUUCAAGAGCUCCUACAGGAGCGUGGUGGGGGACAUUGAUGGAUACUCCACUCUCCCGGGAUACGGCAGGGACGGCGCUCGGCCAAUCACAGUGUGGAAGGGAAAUUCCAUGAUGACCAUCGCCGUCAGAGAUCCUCAGAUCAGCGGGAAAGACAGCGGGAAAGGAGACAGUGACGUCAAUGACAGCGAUUCUGACAUCAGUGAAGGACUCAAGAAGGACUACACCUCGUAUAAAGGUCUGUGGGCCUGUACCAGUGAAUGCAGGAUCCUGGGCCACUCGGACCGGUGCUGGAGCCCGUCGGCCAGCAGAACCAGCGGGAACAUGAGGCACCUCUCCACCUUCACGAGGACCAGGACCUCGGACACACACACCCCCAGAGGCUCGGACACACACACGCCCAGGAGCUCCGACACACACACGCCCAGGAGCUCCGACACACACACGCCCAGGACCUCGGACACACACACCCCCAGAGGCUCGGACACACACACGCCCAGGAGCUCGGACACACACACGCCCAGGAGCGUGGCCUUACACAGCCUCACAGGAGACCAGCAGAGUCAGUGCGAUUACAUACACAUCUGCUCUCCACAGUCUCAGAGACAGAGACGAGACGCUGAGGACACACACCUGUUCACACACUCCACCAAACCCAUCACACACACAGAUUCACAGUCCCAGAGGAGACGAGACACUGAGGACACACACACACACUCCACCAAACCCAUCAACACACACAGUCCCGCCAGAUUCACAGACUCAGCCUGAGGCAGAACCUCAUCCUCGUGACAAAAAGUCCAAAUGUUGAGAUAUAAACUCAGAAUUACAGGAUAAAAAAAAGUCAAAUUUGCUGUACAUACUUUAUCUUUGACUGCAUUGGUGUUUUGUACAUACAACAUAUAUAUUUUUUAACAAUAUUACCUGUUUUGUCUCAUGCAUGUUUUGGAUGAUUAUAAUGUGAUUGUGUAUAACGUCACUUUGGUCGCACUGUAGCACAUGAAAUGUGAUUUUUUAAAGCUGCAAAUGUUAGUACUUUUAUAACAUUUACUUAAAAAACAUGAUGAAUAAAAUAAGUUAUGAUCAAA